CAGUUUGUUAUCUUUUUCUCACCUUUAAGUCUCAUUACGCGCACUGAUCCUGCUGCGCUCCAAACCAAGAAGAUGCCCAAAUCCUCACCUUGUGUAUUCCCAUGUUCCUCCUUGUGGCUGGCAUCUUUGGCUACUUUGGUGGUACAGUCAGCACUCUCCUACUCUUCUUCUUCUUCCUCUUCUACUUAUCAGAGACCUGCUACCGGUGGGAAGCGACCGGGCUUCAUGGAGAGGACGCUGAUUCUCCUGGAUGUCAACACCCGCAGUCCGAUCAGAGUCCUCAACGACAACUUCCUUUCUUUGCAGCUGGACCCCUCGAUCAUCAAAGACGGUUGGCUUGACUUUCUGAGCUCCAGGCGGCUGGUGACCCUGGCCCGCGGCCUGUCGCCUGCCUUUUUGCGUUUCGGCGGAAAGAGGACCGACUUUCUGCAGUUCAACAACCAGAAGAACCUCGCAAAGUUCAGAGGGCCGGGACCGGACUACUACCUGAAGAACUACGAAGACGACAUAGUGCGCAGUGACAUUGCGCUGGACAAACAGAAGGGCUGCAAACUGGCCAACCAUCCCGACAUAAUGCUGGAGCUGCAGCGGGAGAAAGCUGCCUCCACACAGCUCGUCCUGCUGAAGGAGCAAGUGUCCAACAUCUACAGCAACAUUACGUUAACAGCCAGGUCUUUAGACAAACUGUACAACUUUGCCGACUGUGCUGGUUUGCACCUGAUCCUUGGACUCAACGCUCUGCACAGAAACCCGGACAACUCCUGGAACACCUCCUCCACCCUGAGCCUCCUGAAGUACGGUGCUGGCAAGAAGUACAACAUCUCCUGGGAAAUGGGCAGUGAGCCUAAUGCUUACCGCGGCAUGGUGGGUCGUGCGGUCAACAGCACCCAGUUAGCUCAGGACUACACCAAGCUGCGGACCCUGCUGCAGUCUGUGCGCUACUACCACCGAGCCCACCUCUACGGCCCCAAUGUAGGACGACCCCGGAAGAACGCCAUUCCACUGCUGGAUGGGUUCAUGAAGAAUGCUGGCUCUGUUGUAGAUGCAGUUACGUGGCAACAUUACUACAUGGAUGGCAGAGUGAAAAAAGUGGAGGACUUCUUGAAAACUCGUCUGUUGGAUACACUCACGGAGCAGAUCACUAAAGUCACCAAGGUUGUGAACACACAUACUCCUGGUAAGAAGGUGUGGCUGGGUGGACUGGGGCCGGCAUGGGCAGGAGGCAUCAGUAAUCUCUCUGACACAUACGCUGCCGGCUUUCUGUGGGUGAACACGCUGGGUAUGGCUGCUCUGCAGGGGAUUGAUGUUGUCCUCCGUCACUCAUUCUUUGACUAUGGAUACACACACCUUGUGGACCAGCACUUUAACCCUUUACCUGAUUACUGGUUCUCUCUGAUCUUCAAGCGUUUAGUUGGUCCAAGGGUUUUGGCUGUGCGGGUGGCUGGACUGCAGAGGAAGCCGCAACCAGGACGGGUCAUACGAGAUAAGCUACGAAUCUACGCCCAUUGUACCAGCUACUACAAUCAUAACUAUGUGAGAGGGUCCAUAACAAUCUACAUCAUCAACCUGCAUCGGUCACGAAAGAAAAUCAAGUUGGCGGGGACGUUACGGAACAACACCGUUCAUCAGUACCUGCUGCAACCCUACGGGACUGACGGACUCAGAGCCAAACAUGUCCAGCUGAACGGGGAGAGGCUGCUCAUGGUGGACAAUGAGACAUUCCCAGAGUUAAAGCCUAAGACACUGAGGGCUGGACGGACAAUAGCCAUGCCUCCCAUGACCAUAGGCUUUUAUGUCAUCAAAAAUAUUAACGCGUACGCCUGUCGAAGAUAACAUUGACUUUUCAUCCGUGAGGAUAGAAGUCAUGCUCAGAAGUCUACCAAACCACCAACCCACCGUCAGCUUCGCCCAGAGCUUUAAAAAAACACAGUAUGGCUUUUCAUAUUUUCACGUUUCUGGGGAAAACACAGGGAGAUCAUAUCACCGCUUUGUGAUGAUUUUUGUCACUUCAGCAGAGUGGACACUUGGCUUGAAUGCAGUUCAGUCGUCUGGUUUAACAGCAGCCUCCUCUACCAUCGUUUCAGUGGCAACAGUUAAACCACUCGACUGAAUUACACAGAAAGUCUUUGCUCUCUCUCACACAUUCAUUCUUUGUUCUGUGGUCCAACAAAGAAACACUUGCCCAAGACACGUCAAAAGGGCUGCACUGAACACUUUUCAGUUCUUCUUCUCCAGGAAUUCCUCAUAUGCUACAAAACUUGUAUGGACAGUGAUUGUUUUGUGUCAGUUUAUGUUUUUUUUAUAUAUACUUACAAAAAUGUCCUCAUUCUUUGACUCUUUGACUUGAUUAAGCUAUAUUUUCUUCUCUUGGAUUGUCAGGCUGAGGGUUUGUCAUCUCUCCGGCUGCCGGGAGAGCUCCCUUUUAUUUCAGUCUUUUCUCUUUUUCUGUUUUUUUAUCUUUCACCAACAGAUUGAUAAAAAAAAAAAAGUGAGAGAAAACUCUGAGCAGACAGUGUUUCUGAAGCACAUUCAAGUUAGCUUCAGUUUGAUCCUGUCCACAAAGAGAAAACGCUGUGGUGUGUGCAAGGUCGUGCCUGGACUAACCACGUGGUGUGUGUGUGUGUGUGUGUGUGUGUUUUAUUGACAAAGCUACUGAUGUGUCUGUCAAGUCUGUUUGAUGUGCCUCUGAGAGUUUCUUCCCUGGUCAUACCAAGUAGCUCAAAGGGAAAAUCUGUUUCUUUUAAAAGCUGUUUUUGUGUUGUUUUGUGUACCAUCAGCUUAUCUGCUGCGGGUUUUAAUCAGUUCAGCCGCCGGGUACGAUAGCCAGAGUGUGUUGCUGGUGCUAUUUUGCAGCAAUGCAUAGCUCAAAAACAAUGUGAACAUAUCCAUAACAUCUUUUCUCACAUGGCCUGCAUCCACACAAAAUCUGGGUUUUUACCUUAGAUUCAAAAAAUCUACAACACCAGUUUUUCGGGUGUAUUUGAACCUGUCUCACUAUCUUCAGUGUGAGCUCACAUUUUAUAAUCUUCUUAUGCUGCUGGGGUUUUUUUGUACUAAAUACACAUGAUAUAUUUUACAUAAUUUUGUACAGAUUUACUGUCACAUAUUAUCAGGUAAUGUACAUAAAAAAAAGAGUCAUGAAAAUAAGAUUUGAUUUAAGCUUGAUAUGUCUACUAAAUAUACAUCUAAUUUAUAUAAUUAAUACUUUGUUUUGUUUUUAUAUUUCUAUAAUAAAAGAUUCAGUUAUGUUACUGGUACUAGUGUCCCAGCUCGAAAGAAAAAUCAAAAAUUAUUUUAAGAAUGUAUUCAUUGCGUAACAGGGAGACCGACUGACUGUGUUAAGAUGCGACACAAAGAAUUACCUUAAGAUGGUUUAUGUGUCACAAACUAUAAUAUCUUUUAGUUUUAUAUCUCGAUAUUUUCACCAUCUUAUUUAAAGAUGGACUUGCUAUCCCCUAGACUAAAACCACAGAGUGCGUGAGCCUUGACUUGAAUAAGAAUGAUAAAAUUUCUAGACUCUUGACACGGUGAAAGAUAAGGUCCAGUACCUGAGCAUAUGACUUACAAAGAAUAUUCGUCCUCUGAAUGUGUUUAUAGCUGAUGUAGAGAUGUUCAUAUUUCUUUUGGAGAGCAAUAUUUUAAUAAGUAAAGUGUGCCUAUAUAUUAUUUUUUGUUUU